GGCCCGAUAAAUCCAAGAAAGUAGAGGAAUUCCAGUGGCCAGUCACCAGUUGCAGAUUGGCUAUGUCCUCCACUUCCCCCACAGCCUCAACUACGGAUCCAGCUGAACGGUCUCGGCGUUCGCUUGUGUUGCUCUGAUCCUUUCACCUUCGACUUCCUACUUCCAUCUUUACUGCCAGACUGCCAGUACCAAUCCUACGCACCGUCUGAAACAUCAGCACUCCUUAUUUCAUCACACCCGGCUGAGACCCAGCUGAUCCCUUUAUUUUCGGUUUCAUCAAAUUAAUGAGUUUGGAUCAAAUCAAUCCCAUGCUCACCUUGGCUGUCUAUCUUUCUUCCUUCUUUCUUCAAUUCCUCAUCUCCAUGGCCGGGGAUGAGUCUCCGCCUUAUAGGCCCACUGAUAAUAUUCUCCUCGACUGCGGCUCAUCCAUCAACACAAUGUCUCCUGAUGGCAGGACUUGGCAAGGCGAUCAAGGGUCAAAAUUCUCUGGAACUUCUGAUGUUCAAAACUCAUCCUCAUCAUCCAAAGCUUUCCGGCAAGACCCCUCGGUCGACCAAGUUCCAUACAUGACCGCUCGUAUCUUUAACUCCUCGUUCACAUACAGCUUCCCUGUUUCAGCCGGACCCAAGUUUGUCCGCUUCUACUUCUACCCAACUGCGUACUCUGGCCAUAAUGAAUCCGAGUUCUUCUUCUCCGUCACAUCAGGGGUGUACACCCUCCUAAGCAACUUCAGCGCUUCUCUUACAGUUGCUCCUAUGGGGUCCGGAGUAUCUUCCCUUGUUAAAGAAUUUUCCAUCAACGCGUGGGACAACCAAAUACUCAAUAUAACCUUCUCUCCAUCCCCAAACUCCUGGGCCUUCGUUAAUGGUAUUGAAGUCGUUUCCAUGCCAAAUCAUCUCUACGGACAAAUUGACCUUAAAUUGGUUUCCGCGGUUGAGCCAUUUGACAUGGAUAACUACACAGCCCUUGAAACUGUUUAUCGUUUAAAUGUUGGUGGCAAUCAUAUCCCGGCGGAAGCAGACAGUGGAAUGUUUCGGUCCUGGAGUCAGGAUGACUCUUACAUAUACGGAGCAAAUUUAUGGUUGACACCCCACCGGGAUAUCCCCAUACGAUACACUCUGAGGACACCGCGUUAUAUUGCACCCCCUACAGUCUACACCACUUCACGCACCAUGACUAAACAAGAUGAUAUAAAUAAGAGAACCAACUUGACGUGGCUCUUCCCUGUGGAUUCUGGGUUUUAUUAUCUUGUUCGGCUUCAUUUCUGCGAGUUGCAAUUGGAGGUAACCCGUGCAAAUGAACGGGUUUUUUCUAUAUUUCUUAACAAUCAGACAGCUGAAGAAGAAAUGGACGUCAUCGCUAGGAGUGGUGGCACAGGAUAUCCAAUUUAUCAAGAUUAUGUUGUUUCUUUGUUAUCCGAUGGCAGCCGAAGGAAGCAGGAUCUGUGGCUCGCUUUACAUCCUAAUGCGGAUGGCUUGUAUGCUAACGCAAUAUUAAAUGGAUUAGAGAUGUUCAAGUUAAAUAAUUCCGACGGUAGUCUCGCAGGACUCAAUCCUGAUCCGGUACUAAAUCCUCCUCCCUCGGAACAGCACCCAAACUCCCCGGUAAAGCCCAACAAUAGGGCGCCACUGGUGCUGAUAACAGUCAUUGUAGCUGCGGUCGGCGGAGUAGUCGCACUCUCUCUUCUCUGGUUCUUGAUUCUCCGACCGCGGAUGAGAGUGAAACACGUUGGUGGCAUCAGUCGGGCAAAGUCAUCUUGGGUCCCAUUUUCCUACACGACAAGAUCCACAACCACCAACGGCUCGUCACUACCGGCCGAUAUCUGCCGCCACUUCUCCCUUGCCCAGAUUAAAGACGCCACAUGCAACUUCAACAAGAACUUCAUCAUCGGCGAGGGAGGUUUCGGAAACGUUUACAAAGGCUUCAUCAAAGGCGGCUCCACCACGGUUGCGGUUAAACGGCUGAAUCCAUCAUCAAAACAAGGUGCCCGCGAAUUCGAAACAGAGAUCAGAAUGCUGUCCAAGCUCCGCCACAUCCAUCUCGUGUCUCUGAUAGGUUACUGUGAUGAAGAAGGAGAGAUGAUCCUUGUCUACGAUUACAUGGCUCGUGGCACUCUCCGUGAUCAUCUUUAUAAAACAAAAAACCCUCCACUCCCAUGGAAGCAACGCCUUCAAGUCUGCAUUGGGGCGGCGCGUGGAUUGCACUACCUUCACACAGGCGCGAAGCAUACAAUCAUUCACCGGGACGUCAAAUCCACCAAUAUCCUGUUAGACGAGAAAUGGGUGGCCAAGGUUUCGGAUUUCGGGUUGUCUAGAGUAGGCCCCACGAGUGUGACCCAGACCCACGUCAGCACAGCAGUGAAGGGCAGUUUCGGGUACGUGGAUCCAGAGUAUUUCCGGUUGCGGCAAUUGACGGAGAAGUCUGACGUGUACUCGUUCGGAGUGGUGCUGUUUGAAGUGUUAUGCGGAAGGCCGGCGGUGAUCCCCGGUGCUCCAAAAGAGCAGGUGAGUGUAGCAGAGUGGGGCCGGAGAUCUUGUCGGAAAGGAGCCCUUGAUCGGAUCAUUGACCAAAAUCUGAGGGACGAGGUUGCGCCAGAGUGUUUGAAAAAGUUUGGGGAGAUCGCUGAUAGCUGCGUGCGUAACGAGGGAAUCGAACGGCCAGCAAUGAGCGAUGUGGUGUGGGCCCUUGAGUUUGCACUGCAGCUCCAGGAGACUGCGGAGAGGAACGCCCAAAUCAACAGUGGAGAUGAGGUGUUUAUGGGUCGGGUUGGAGUCAAACCGGACGGAUCACAACCGAGCGCAUCCGCUGUGACACGUGGAGGAGCCACCACUAGUGAUAACGAUGACCUGUUCUCGGUGUCAAGCUCAAGGAGUACCGUCACAUCUGGAGUGAGCACUAGUGGAAAGAGCGCCCCCAGUAAUGAUCACGACGGUUCGGUGUUCUCUGAGAUAAACAAUCCAAAGGGACGGUGAGAUCAGCCUCUUCAGGUCAUGCUCAUGGAUCCCACGGCAGAGAAGACCAGGUCAAGAAAAGGCAUCAGAGUCACGUCGUAGAGUAGAGUAGCUUCUACCCGUCUUUUUGUUGACUUAAAAGUUAAUAGGAUAUAGACUAGCGAAGUCGCUGUGUGAACGCCGAUGGUCCUUCCUUUCACGCGGAUGAGAAAAUGGCACGGGGGACCACAGUGGGUGGCUGCUAUUAAAGUGGAGGUUCAAAUAAUUCACAUUAAAAAGGAAGCGGAUUGAAAGCGACAACGCAAGCUCAUUUUAUGGCGUAUUAAAAAGAAAAAGGUAAUCCCUACUUUGUUAAAGUUGGCUAAUUUUCUAAAGAUGCUUUAGGGGAUUGGGAAAAGUAGAAGAAAAUUUCAUGUGAUAUGCUGGUAUUUUCAUGUAAUGAAGUUCUAUUUUCUCUUUUUUAA